CAAUAAGCCUAGGCUUAUUGGUUAAUCGUGUAGUUGACUACACAUUGACAUCCCUACUGCACAAUGUUGGUUUCAGCAUGUACCAGGAGCAUAAUCCAGAACGCAAAGUGGCACAGGCACUAUGGAAUAGCUGCCCACAGUGCAUCACUCUCAAAGUUGACAGCAGUCUUCCUAAUGGGCAUGAAACCUCUUAGAGUAAAGAUCUUCAAAGGAGUUUUACUUUUUGAAAUGGUUGGGCUUUUGGGAGCAUAUUUUCUAUAUUAUAGAAUGGACAAAAAUCAAGAUUUCAGGCAUAAAAUGAACAUGAGAUUUCCAUCUGUUCUGGAACUUUAUUAUAAAAGCAAUGAAUGGGCUGGAAUUCACGGAAUAAGGGAGAAAGACCAAUUGAAAUGGCUAAGCAGCAAAAAUUAGAAUUUUUACAUCUCUGUUGUGAAGCCAAUUGUCACGCUCUAUUUCCCACUUGAGCUGUUUGACACCUACAAUGGAAAGGAGGAGGAAGAUGACAUAAGUAGUGGUGGAUUAUUGAUGUAUCCUUUGAACAUAGUCUUAUUUAUUCAAGUCUAAACAAACAUAUAAUCUCCAAAUUCAUAAAAUAUCGAAGUUUGAACUAUUGGAUUUUUUACAUCAAAUACAUUUUUUUCAUUAUGUAUAGCUUAUACCUGAAACCUUUUGGGACUGAUGCUUAGAAUUACUUUCCUGUAUCCUAUGUUGUAUAAAUACUCAACAUUCAGGAUGGAAGCCAUCAAUUUUAGACAAGAGAAAUGAUGCAAACAAUUAAAACUUUAAUUGUACUCAAUACAACACAGGUCAAAUAUCUUUUUUUCCAAUCAAAUAGACAAAACCUAAGUGGAAUUGUACAGAUUUAAUUUGUGUGGGGGUGUAGGGAGGGGAAGGAGACUGUUUUUGUUCGAUAUAUACCGAAGCUGGAUAGUGGUAUGUUUAGCUAAACAAAAGUUGCAUCAUAAUUUCCCACCAGGGAUCUAGUACUUUAGCUUUUAUACCAGCUUAAAUUCCCAGUGGGGUUAGAAUCUAACUCCUUGAUCACAUAAUUUCGAAUUUAAUGAUGCAAAUCAAACAGCACAUUUUGCAAAAUUCUUGCAAGUGCUAUGCCUGAGACAAUAGAAGUAAAUUGGACUAGGGCAAGAGUCCUUAAGUAGAGUUUAAGUACAUGAUGUACAAUACAAAAAAAAAUACUGACGCAAGCUCUUAUCUUUUCAUGAAUUUAAGUUAGCUUCCCUUUUAAAUGGGGUAUGCAGUUUUAAGUGUUUUCUUCAUCAAAAAGAUUGUGCAUAGGUGUUUCAGUACAGAAAGGGUGUAGAUUAAUAGAAACUAACU